CUCCGGAAGCUUCAUCUUCCCACCCCCUCCAGACUGAGACCAUCCCCUUAAGACCCCACUCAGCAUUUGCCAUUGGCCUUCCUUUUCAUUUGUCUGGUAUCCGUGGCCUUCCCAGUAUCCGCCCUCUCAGGGAGGUGCUUCAUGGCAGCCCGCCCCCUCCGGCCUGGUUUCCUCAGGAAAAGCCUUGGGAGGAAACAGGAAGGGGGUUGGGAGCUGUGGGGGCCAGACUAACUCUAGCCCUCUGACUGCGCUGACCGCCAUGGGGCUGGGGUUGCUGCUCCCACUGCUGCUGCUCUGGAUUCAAGAGACGCAGGGGUCUGAGCUGGACCCUAAUGGGCAGCACGUCUGCAUGGCCAACAGCCCCUCUGCUGAGCUCCAGUGCUGCCCAGGCUGGAGGCAGAAAGAUCAAGAAUGUACCAUCCCCAUCUGCGAGGGACAUGAUGCCUGCCGGGAAGACGAGGUAUGCGUGAAACCAGGCCUCUGUAGAUGCAAACCUGGAUUCUUCGGGGCCCAGUGCAACUCCCGCUGCCCGGGCCAGUACUGGGGCCCUGACUGCCGCGAGAGCUGCGCCUGCUACCCGCAUGGCCAGUGUGAGCCAGACACCGGCGUGUGCCACUGCCAAGCCGACCGCUGGGGCAGCCGCUGCGAGUUCGCGUGCGCCUGCAGCUCCCACGGGCGCUGCGACCCCAAGACGGGCGCGUGCCGCUGCGAGCCGGGCUGGUGGACGCCUACAUGCCGCCGCCCGUGCCAGUGCAACCCCGCGGGGGCACGCUGCGAUCAGGCCACCGGUACCUGCCUAUGCGAGGCGGGCUGGUGGGGCCGCCGCUGCAGCUUCCACUGCUCCUGCAAUGGCUCGCCGUGCUCGCAGGAGUCCGGCCGCUGCAUUUGCCGGCCAGGCUGGUGGGGCCCCGAGUGCCGGGAGCCUUGCGAGUGCGUGCGCGGCCGCUGCAGCGCCGCCUCCGGCCAGUGUGCGUGCCCGCCCGGCUUCCGCGGCGUGCGCUGCGAGCUGCCCUGCCCCGCUGGCCGCUACGGGCCGCAGUGCCGCCACAGCUGUGGCCACUGCAAGCAGAAUGAGCUGUGCUCUGCAGACACAGGCAGCUGUGAGUCCUGUGAACCAGGCUGGAAUGGGACUCAGUGCCACCAGCCCUGCCCACCUGGCACCUUUGGCGACAGCUGUGGACAGCAGUGCCCCCACUGCCGGCUUGGGGAGGCCUGUCAGCCAGACACUGGGCACUGUCAGAGCUGUGAUCCUGGCUGGAUGGGGCCCAGCUGUGAAGAGCCCUGCCCCAGUGGCACCUUUGGGGAGGGCUGUGGCUCGACCUGCCCCACCUGUGUUCAGGGGUCCUGUGAUCCUGUGACUGGGGAAUGUGUCUGCAACGCCGGCUUCUGGGGGUCCAGCUGCAACACUUCGUGCCCAUCUGGCUUCCAUGGAAACAACUGCUCUGUUCCCUGUGAAUGCCCUGAGGGAUCCUGCCACCCUGUCUCUGGGGCCUGCCAGCUGGGGCCUCACAGUCAGGACGCUGCCCUCAUCGCAGGCAUUCUGAUACCUCUGCUGCUGCUCCUCCUGGGCAUGGCCUGCUGUGCCUGCUGCUGCUGGGCCACCCGGUUGGACCCCAAGGACAGGCCAGCAAGCGAUGGAGCUGCUGUAUCCAGGAUGAAGCUCCAGGUCUGGGGGGCACUGGCCAGCCUGGGUUCUGUGCUGCCCUGCGGUUCCCUCAGUAGCCACAAGCUUCCCUGGGUGACAGUCUCCCACCACGACCCGGAGAUCCCAUUCAACCACAGCUUCAUCGAGCCACCCUCUGCCGGCUGGGCCUCGGACGACUCCUUCUCUUCUGAUUCUGAGUCUGGAGAGGAGGACGAGGGUCCUGCCUACUGUGUGCCACCCCAAGAAGGGAUGACCCCUGUGGCCCAAGCAGAGUCUCCAGAGGCCAGCCUGGCUGGAGGUCCCUUCCCUCCCCCUGAGGAUGCCUCCACGCCGUUCGCCAUCCCGCGCACUUCCAGCCUAGCGCGGGCCAAGCGGCCAUCGGUCUCCUUUGCUGAAGGCACCAAGUUUGCACCGCAGAGUCGCCGAAGCUCAGGGGAGCUCUCUAGCCCUCUCCGAAAGCCCAAGCGACUCUCCCGGGGGGCCCAGUCAGGUCCUGAAAACCAGGAAGCUGAGGAGACCACAGGCACUGAGCAAGCAGAAAGGGACAAGGUCCCUCCUGGGGCAGCCAGCCCCAGGGAUUCAGCCAGUGGCCACCGCCGGCUCCCAUUUGGUGGCCGGACAGUGGCUGAGCGUGUGGAAGCCAUCGAGGGCAGUGUCCAGGAGAGCUCAGGCUCUGUGACCACAAUCUACAUGCUGGCAGGGACACCCCGGGAAUCUGAUGGCCCCGUCCGGUCUGUCCUCCGCCGUUUUGGUAGCUUUCAGAAAGGCCAGGCGGAGCCCAAGGUCAAGAGUGCUAUCCCCAAGCCUCCACGUCGGGCCCUGAGUCGGAACAAGGGCAGCCCCAGGCUGGCCUCUGGCUCUGCCGGUCAGAGCCCUGGCUCAACCCUGAAUCAGGAGCUCACUGGGGCCUUGGAAUCUACAGGAACUGGGCUAGAGGAGGUGGCGAGGGGUCUAGGGGAUGGCAUCAAGAUUUCAGGCAGUGCCCAGGAGCCAGUCCCUGAGGGUGACCCCCCAAAACAGGAUCCCCAGAAGCUGGCUGACGAGGAAGGGCAGGAAGAGCCCCAAUAUGAGAAUGUUGCACCCAUCUCUGGGCCACCAGAGCCCUGAGGACCGUGAAUUUGGAGAGUGGGAAAACUAUGGAUGGGGUCAGGCAUCCGAACUAACCAUGUAUCAGAUUGCUUUAUGCUGGAAAAAAAAUCCGAGGGCCAGGAAAGACCUACCAGAGCCUCUGCCUUUCUAUGGAGAAACGUCCCAAGUUAGAGGCCAGAGACUGGGCAUGUCUGGAAGGCCUGGGCGGAUCCCCUGCAGGAUGGGGUUCGGAAGGGGAAAUAGAUGGCUGCAGAGACGUUUCCUCUGUUGUCCUGGAUUCUGUUUGCCCCAAAAGGCUAUUCUUUCCUUCAUUUUCAAACUACUUGUCUGAAAUGAGAAACAACCUCAAUGUUUGGUUAAAGAAAUAUUUCUUACGAUAGGUUCUAAGCAACCACAAAAAAUCAUGUGCAAGAAUAUUCAAUAUGGGAGAAUGUUCAUGCUAUAUUGUUAAGUGUGAAAAGUAAGUUUUCUUUUUAUAAAUUUUAUUUCUUUUUGCCACAGGAUACAUGUUUAGAAUUCGUCCAUUUGUGUAUAUUUUGUGACUGUUUUACAAACUCUUUUUUAAGGAUGUAUGUGCAUAAAAAAGCUUCAAGGAAAAUGCAUCAAAUGGCAUUUUUCUCUGGGAGAUGAGAUUGUGGCUGAUAUUUAUUUUCUUCUUAAACGUUUGUGUAACUUGCAAAUUUUCUACAGUGAACAUUCUUUUUACUUUUCUCACUAGAUUGAAUUUAAAAAGCAAUGUUCUUUGUUAAAAAUAAAUAGUACUAACAUUACAGACAUGUAUAAAGUAAAAAUGAGAUUUCCCCUUCUCCCCAGAGGAGUCUAGGGGACCAGUAAGGGGCCAGACUUACUUUUUCACUGAACGCUUUUUGUUCUUGUUUUGAAUUUUUUCCUCGCAUACUUGUAUUACCUAGUCAGGAAAUAAAGAGUGCCUUUUCCUCCUAUCCCAGUGCUCAGAGAAUCUCAGGAACAUUUUAGACGCUUCCUGUCAGGUGUUUUUCUGUUCACAUGAAAACAAAACAGCAUACUGUUCCACAAUUUGCCUUUUUUACUUAAUAUAUCUUUCUGUGUCAGUAAAUAUAAAGCUACCUCUUUUUAUUAAAAAAAUGACUACAUGGGAUUUCAUCAUGUGGAAAUAACACAGGUUAUUUAAACCAUCGCCUACCUAUGGGGACUUGGGUUGGUUCUAAUUGUUUUGAUACAAUAAAUGAUGUGGUGUACAACUUUGUAUGUAUUUCUUUUUGUACUCGUGCAAGUUUUUCUGUAGAAGAGAUUCCUAGAAGUGGAAUUGCUGGGUGAUGGGGUAAGAACAUUAAACAUUUGUGUACUUACUCCAAAAAAGUUGUAUGGUUUGUAUUCUCGCAGAUUAUGGCAGUAUCUAUUUCCUCACACCAAUCUGAUAAGUUAAAAAAUGGUAUCUCAUUCGCUUGAAGAUGGUGAUUUGGGCUGUGUCAAAAUUUAACCUAUGUAACUCACAUUUAAAUGAUUUAAUAACUGACAUUAGCUUAUACUUGUUGAUAGGCUAAGGAUGCAGAAAUUAUUAAAUUGUAUCAUUUUUGAGA